GCUAAAUGAAAAUAACCCAAAUAUGGCCAUCCCUUUUCAUCAUUCUAUAUAAUUUCUCAUUGUCUCUCUUCUAUAUAUUAUCAACUAUAAGAAGGAGAGAGAAACAAAAACUUAGAGAGAGAGAGAGAGAAUUGGAGAUGGAGGAGGAAUCAACUGAUAUGCAACUGGUUUUGAUCCCAUGGCCAGUGAUGGGCCACGUCCAAAUAAUCGAGUUUGCCAAGCUCAUCAUCCACCGUCAAAACCACCUUCUUCCUCUUGGUAGAACUCUUUCAGUCACGGUGCUCGUGAUCAAGCUCCCUGAUUAUAUCGACACCGUGAGCAGCUCAUUUGCUGACUCACUCUCUGCUUCCUCCUCCACCACCGGUGCCGCCGCCAGCUCAGGCCUCAACUUCUUCCUCCUCCCAACAACCGAUCCGAUCCCGGCCGAAUGGAGCAGCAGAACGCGCGGAUACUUCAUGCAUAACCUCGUACAGAGCCAGAAAUCAAAUGUUUCGGAUUUCCUCCGUUCUCGCCGGAGAAGAAUCGCCGGCGUGGUGGUGGACAUGUUGUGCACCACGAUGAUGGGGGUGGCGGAGGAUGUCGGCCUCCCUAGCUAUGUCUUCUUCACUUCUCCGGCGAGUUUCUUGGGUGCCAUGCUCCAUUGUCAGACCCUCCACGACCAGCAGAGCAUGGACGUGGCCGAGCUGAGGAAUGCAGAUUCCGACGUACACAUCCCGAGUUUCGCCAAACCGGUCCCACCUCAAGUCCUGUCUAUGGUUCUUGUGGACAAGCAAAUCUGGCUCGAGAGAUUCCUUCACCACGCUCGAGACUAUAGACGAGCCAAGGGCAUAAUCGUCAACACCUUCACCGAGCUAGAAUCGCACGCGCUCGACUCGUUUUCACUUGACUCAGCAUACGGGGAUGGAGGCAAUAUCCCCCCGGUUUACCCCAUAGGUCCAAUUAUGAAUCAUCAUAGGCACAGCCGGUCGAGCCCCUCAUCGGAAGUAAUAAUAAUGGAAUGGCUAGAGAAGCAACCACCGUCCUCGGUGGUGCUCCUCUGCUUUGGGAGCCAGGGGAGUCUGCACGAGGACCAGGUGCGCCAGCUGGCGGUAGGGCUCGAGCGGAGCGGACAACGCUUCAUCUGGUCCCUCCGGCGACAGUCGCCGGAGGGCGAGGAGGCGAAGUUUCCGAGCGAGUACGGCGGCCACGACGCAUUGAGAGGAGUUCUGCCAGACGGGUUCCUCGACAGGACGGCCGAAAAGGGGAAGGUGGUGGGGUGGGUCCCACAGCUGGAGUUGCUCUCGCACCGGUCGGUUGGGGGUUUCGUGUCGCACUGCGGAUGGAACUCGGUGCUGGAGAGCCUGUGGUGCGGGGUGCCAAUCGCUACGUGGCCGUUGCAUGCGGAGCAGGAGAUGAAUGCGUUCCAGCUGGCGAGGGAGUUGGGAUUGGCGGUGGUCAUUACUCUGAGCUAUGACGAGAGGAAGAGUGUGGUUAUGGCGGCGGAAAUCGAGAGGGGGAUACGGGAAUUGAUGGAGGAGAGUGGCAGAGGGAGUGAGGUGAGGAAGAGAGUGGAAGAGAUGAGUGAGAAGAGCAAGUUGAGUGUGGUGGAAGGUGGAUCUUCUUACAUUUCUCUCAACAGAUUGAUUCAUAAUGUGAUGAGCAAUGUUCAUGUGCCCGAACAAUGAUUCAGUUACAAUUAAUCCGUCCAUAGUUAACGUGUCGAUUAUGAGAAUAUGACACGGUCGACCAAGAGCAUGUCUACUUUAAAAGUUAUGAGCAGUUUGAUGUGUACCUUGUAUGGUUUAUUUAUUACUCACUCGGAGGGAGUUCGAUGCUACACCGAGUUAUUGUUAACCUUAAAUGGGGUUAAAUAACCUCCCACUUAAACACAUGUACACGUGUAUGUGUAUUUUAAUUA